CGCUAUAUUGUGCAACUGCUCUCCCAGAUUCCAAACAUGGAUCGAGCCUUUAUGGAAUUAAACAGACAUGACGGAAUGCUGGCUCGAUAUACAUCCAUCCAGCCAGUGCUGUCUACGACGAUAAGCUGACACUGCUUGCUUGACACCGGGAAGCAACAGCAUACCUAGAUUCUUGAGCUCGGCGUCCCAAGAAUAGGAAUCACUACCUGCACGUACUUCAAACUGCUGCAGCAGCAUUGGUACGGGAUGGCGUACCAUCGACAAUACUAUUUCCACGAUUCACGACAGACCAUUUCCGUCUUACCACAUCAAAGAGGCCAUCACUCGCUACUUGCUACCAACUCAUAUGCCUUGUACCUACAUUACCUACCUGGGAGCAUCCCUAGGUAACAUGGUAACGCGGGGAAAGAUCGAAGCAUCGGAUCGAUCAGAUCUCUCUUUCUUGUUUCUCGAUCCACGAAAGACCCUUUUCCCAAGUAAACACUCACUCGAUCGGACGCAUAACUCGCACGACAAUGCAGUGUUCAGUUAUCCAUUCGUCUCCCCUCGCUGUGAGCCCGUAACACCCGCCCCGUGGCCUACGUUGAGAAAGAAGAAGAACAAUGGUGAUGAUCAAUGGCAAAGUCUUCUUUCUACUUGUUCUCCUCUCUCUUUCAAACGUCAAGUAUCAUGUCGCUAUUAUUCUAAUGUGUCACGGGCUUCUAGACCCUCGAGUACGAAAUGGUUAGAAGUCCUCUGCGCCCGAUGGUGUGGCACUGGGAUUCCCGCCCGUUUUUGUGAUACCCUUCAGAUGAUUUGUUGGCUAGGCAGACUUAUGUCGUUACCCAUUCUCAACCCCAGGGCACUGUUGAGGUAGCAUACGUAUUUGACAUCGAGGAGUAGUUAUUCUUUCUUGUUUGGUGCCGUGUGUCGGAAUAGUCUGUGGCGAGUUUAGUAGGUAUCAUCGAGCUUGAAAGGGAUAAGGCGAAAAGCUAGUAAC